CUACAGAAUAGCUGUAUAUGACUUAAAUGAUAUUAUGGCGGGCUUAAAGAUUUGUAUCAUAGCAGUUCUGACGUUGCAGGUUGCUAAGGAUGGUGUAUUUUCGUGUACAUUGCGAAGUCAUAAACAUGGUUCAUCUCAUGCAUGUUUGCCAUCGACAUCUGAUUCUACUCCUAUACUAAAUAUCACACCGGAUUCGAAGCCGCAUACAAUAUCUCCUCCUUGUGGUUCUUCGGGUAGCCCGAGCUCUUGUUCACCGAGUGUUCCUGCAAAUGGUACAGCUAUAUCUUCUACACCAACCCUUUCUCAAGAUAUGUCUUCACCGGGAUCAACAUCAUUAUUACCACCUACGCCAUCAGCACCUUCCAAUAAUACGGACAUUUUAAAUUCAAUAAUUCAACUUUUGUCGUCUCCAGCAUAUUCUACUUUACAGGCAGGUAAAGCACCAACUCCUGAUAAAUCAAUAUUACCCUCUUCAUCUACAUCGAACGCAGCACAAUUGCCUGCUUUUGUUUCAAAGCCACAUACAACAUCUUCACCAUGUGCACCAGGCUCCUCCUCAAGUUCUUCAAGUAUUUUACCAAACCCGUCAUGUGGUCCAGCCCAGUCCACUUUUAGCACCGUUCCGACUCCACAGUUGUCAAAUUCAGCAUCAACACCGCCUUCUAUUACUAAUACAGACAUCAUAAAUUUUUUGCUCAAUAUGUCAUCUUCAGUAUCGUCGCCUUCAUCUUCAUCUACUUCUAAACCGAUGCCUUUCUCACCACCAUGUCAUCUAUUAACGCCAACGUUAAAUAAAAUCGUGGUUCCAGGUACAAAACCAUGUGUUAUAUCACACCAUGUUACGCCUUCAUUGAGUAUAUUACCACGUAUACCACAUGGUUCAUCCUCGUUACCUAACCAUCAAUUUCAUGAAGUACUUCCAGUACCAGCUUCUGAGAAAUCCCCCGCACUAACUCCAGCAUCAUUUCCAGAGCAUGAACCAGAAACCGCACCAGAAGAAUUUCCAGCUGCAAGUAAUGUGCCAGUUUCAAUACCAGUAGUAACUUCAACGUAUACUCCAUCUUUAAUUUCUGGUUAUAAUCCAGUCCUUAUAAAUCUUUUACUGAAAUUAUUACAGUCCAAUCAAGCACAAAAGGUUUCAUCUUCUCCUUUAAUACCAACUAAAACUUAUGAUAUACACGCACCAAGCGUAACUCCUGUAUCUGCUCCAAAUAUAAAGCCACAUACUAUUUCACCUGCUUGUUCAUUGUCUGAUUCGACAAUUCCUUGUUUAUCAAAUGUCUUACAUAAUCAAUCAAAUAGCUCGAUUACUCCUCUUCAACAAAUAAUGACGUCUUUGACACCUCUAUCUGUUUCAGGCAUAUCUUCUGGUUAUAAUCCAGAAUUUAUGAAAUUAGUUAUUAAAAAUUUGCUAUCUAAUCAAACUUCUUCUUUAACUCCGUUGUCGUCAUUACUUCCACUUAUCCAGGCUAAAUUAAAUACCACUUCUACCCCUAGUCCAAUACCAACGUCGACUUUUAAUAAACCACUAUCCAAGUCAAAUCCUAAUGUAUUCAAUACAUCGUCAAAUAAUACAUUUGAUUCAGCUCCUGGUCCCGCGGACACGAAUCAAAAUUUAUCAAUUAAUAAUCAGGAUCUCACAAAUAUUUUAAUCAAGCUUUUGACCUCUUCCAAUGCUUCAAAAACGUCUCUCGUUCCAUGUUCAUCAUUACCAAUCUCAUAUUUUGGUUCUACAUUAAAUACUACUUCAUUAUCACCUGUUCUUUGUAUACCAUCAAUGUCAGAUAUUUUAAGUCAAUUUCCUAGUUAUAAACCCGAUUCAAAACCAUCUUUCUCGAGUAUAAUCUUAAGUCCCAUUAUUACACCGUUACCAAAUAUAAAGUCAUUUCCUGAACGAGUACCAAAUUUAAUUUCAACACCUACCUCGUAUCCUAUACCGCCGUCAUCGGAUAUUAACUUAUGCCGUUCGAAAAACAAAGAACUACUAAAAUUGUCUAGUGUGACACCAACUGGUGUCAACCCAUGCCUCCAAAAUAUUAUACGACCGCACACACCACAUUUACCAUUACCAUGCUCACUACCGCAUACUAAAUUAAGUUCUGGUUGUAAGCAUUUAUCACCCACCAUCUAAUUCAAUUAAAUUAUAUUUGGUAUAAAAUGUAAUAUUGGACAACAUUGACUGUUAUAAAAAUUAUAAAAAGUUAUAUAUAAAUUAGGAACAAUUAAU